CGGGUCGAUAGCGUGCGCGCGCAGCACGGUGCGCUGGUAUCGAGCGGCGGUCGGGCUCGCGGACCCACAGUUCGAGUCCGGUCGCCGUCCAGCAUGGAGCCGCCCGCCAGCCGCCCGCUCGUCAACCCUGACGAGCACGGCGAAGUCGAUACCUCCAGAUACCCGGCUCCAAAAGAUGCAACCCACAAGGUCCGCGGUCGCAGCGACCUGCUGGAGCUCAUGUGCGGCGCCGGCGCGGUCGACCCUGAGCUCCUCACCGUCAAGACUUUCUACUUCUUCUUCUACUCGGCGUUCGGCUCCUUGUUCCCCUUGAUGGGCAUCUACUUCAAGCAGAUGGGUAUGAACGCGGGCCAGUGCGGCCUGCUCAUUGGAACUCGCCCUUUUGUGGAGUUUCUGUCGGCUCCAUUCUGGGGCAGUCUCGCAGACCGCUGGCGUAAAGGACGUACGCUGCUACUGGCCUCUCUCAGUGCUUGGAUCAUCUUUACGCUGCCUUUGAGCUGGGUGCAACCGGCGCCUGUGUCGUGCGUGCUUCCCAUUAACUCGACCGCCUACAACCUGACCGACCCCAGGUACGACGAGGACUGGACCACCCCGCCGCGCUCGUUCCGCGUCUCCGCCGACAAGGGGUCGCCUCUGCCGGUCAGCGACGCUCUCAACUAUGACUCCAAGGCGAACGGAGACUGGGUGACACCGCUGCAUUCCUUCAUUGUAUAUCGAACCCCGGACAUUCAAAAGACAUUCUUUCUGCUGUUAUUGCUGGUCGUGAUCGGCGAGUUCUUCAGUGCACCCGCCAUCACACUCGCUGACUCCGCCGUUAUCACCUUGCUUGGAGAGGACGCUGACAGGUACGGACACCAGCGUAUGUUUGGCUCGCUGGGCUGGGGGCUGGCGAUGUUCUUCGUCGGCAUAGCGCUGGACCACAGCACGUCAUUCAGUUCUCAUCCUUGCGGAGGUCCACAACGUUACGAAAAGAAUUACACGAUCUGUUUCGCGACCUUCUCCGUGCUCAUGGGGGCCGCCCUCAUCACUGCCACGCAGAUAAGAUUCAAGUAUGAGUUCGUUAGUGAGGAGCUUGCCCCUCCUCCGCCCCCUUCUGAGCCAACACACGAGGAGAAGAUGCAGCAACAACUCGCGCAACAACUACAGCUGCCCGGCCUGGACACCAGCGCGCCGCCUCCGCGACAACCCGACCUCGAACACGCCAAGGUCUUCGCACAGACAACACGCGAGAUGCCGGAGUGGGUAACGGUGCUGCGUCAGUUCCAGAACGUGAAGGCGGCUUCGUUCCUGUUCGUGGCUUGGUUCAUGGGCUUCGGUAUCGGCUUGAUCUUCACCUUCCUCUUCUGGCAUCUUCAGGACAUCAAUGGCUCUCCCACUCUCUACGGGGUUGCAUCUGUGAUUAACCACAUCUCGGAAAUAUUCGCGUACUUCUUCAGCUUCAAGCUCAUCACACAAAUGGGACACGUAAAGGUGCUGUGCUUGGGUCUGGCGGGAAACGUGCUGCGGUUCCUGUACAUCUCAUGGCUCUCGGACCCAUGGUGGGUGCUGCCCUUCGAGUUCGUCCAGGGAGUGACGCACGCGGCCGUGUGGGCGGCCUGCUGCUCCUACAUCGCUCAGAGAGCCCCGCCCGGUCUGCGCUCGUCCGCACAAGGCGUACUCCAAGGACUCCAUCACGGACUGGGGCGCGGGUGCGGGGCGGUGCUGGGCGGGAUCGCGGUCGCCAAGUGGGGCACAACGAGCACGUUCGCCGGCUACGGAAUACUGUGCGCGGUGGUGCUUGCCGUCUUCGCCUUCAUCAACUUCCGCGGGGGCGAGGAGCCGGACACGGGCGGCGCAGGAGAGGAAGAGGUCCGCGCCGUGGCGGAGGUGGGAGUACUGGCGCCGCACGGGGUGCCCUCCAAUCCGCUACCCCGCGCGCUCUCAUCGACGCGGCUGGCGGACCUGGCGCACCACGACUCUUACGGCGCCACCAACUCGCACGCCGGCGCUGACAGCCUGUCGGUGCCGCGACCCGCGAACCCCUUCCUCGCGGAGCCGCACCAGCAACUGCAGUAGUCGCCACCGGCUCCGUGGCCUGCCGCCUCGGCCAAGCGCUCGUCUCCUCAUCUGUUGUUUGUUGAUUUUUAUUGUGUUGUUGAACUUGAGAUGUUUAUUACGAGAUUCAUGUUGUACACAUUGUAGUGGUACCUGCAUAGCCGUGCUAAUUGUUGUGAUGAAUGCGUUUCGAUGUCAUUCUUUCAAAUAGUCAAUAUUAUAAUAUGAACUUAGUUUGUAAUGAAUGUCUAUAUAUAGAACUAAGUAAGGUAAUAUUAAAAUUGUUGUUGUUGUGUAUCGAUAUGUGUCCUGAGCGCUCGCCGGAGCCGACCGCUGGCAGUGAGUAGUGAGCAGUGAGCAAUGAGCAAUGAGCAAUGAGCAGUGAGCAUUGAGCAGUGGAGCAGUGAGCUGCCCGCGUCCCCCCGCUUCCAGCGCGUACUGCGGUGGCCUGCAGGAUGUCUGCUGUAGUUGUGUUGUUUGAUGCAGUACACUGUACAGUAUUCACAGCGUUUGUUUGGUAACUGACAUCACAAAAACGUCUUUGCAAACAUUAGGGUUGUAAGACGUGAGACGCGGCUCGAGAACUCAUGCUGAGAGAAUGAGGAGUGUAACAACCAUAUUGUAUGAUAGCCAUAUAUAUAAUUGUAUGUAUGUAUACAUGUUCGUCGUAAGAAGACCGGCACUAUAUUAUAUAUUUUUGCACUUGUGUAGCGGCACAGCGGCGCCCCCUUCCCUUGUCGAGGGGAGCCCUAUCUAACUACUCUCUACUUCAAAUGUACAUAAUAUAAAUGUGUAUUAUUAUUGAUUAAAUGUUACAAUCAUUGGAUGGUCAA